AUUAUAUUAGUAUAAAAAUUUUGUAAAAUAAUUAAUUAGUAAUGUUUAUAAAUUAAUUCUAAUACAAUGGGCACGAGAUAAUCAAUGUUAACCUACGGAACAAAGUGGAAUGGUGGUUGGAGCGAAACACUCAUGGUAAAGUGCCUACCAUUGAGUUCGGGCCCGACAACAAGGUUUUAUAUGAUUCGCUAAUUGUUUGCGAAUAUCUCGACGAAGUGUAUGCCGACCGCCGGCCCCUUCAGUCCCGGGACCCCUACCAGAGGGCCAGCGAUAAGAUGUUUAUCAAGACUUUUGGCGCCAGUUAUGGCUUUUACUUUAAGUAUAUCUAUUCGACGGACAAUUUAACCGCUGUUUGGCCGGAGAUUACAGACGGACUUAAGAAAGUGGACACUUUGUUGGCUAAGCGCAGGGCAAACAACCGUUAUUUAUCAGGUGAAUCACUGCCCGGUCUGGUCGACUACGCCAUCUGGCCGUUCAUUGAGCGCCUGCCGCAGAUCAUAGACCUCGCGGGCCAUAACUCGACCGACUAUUUGGCCAAAGAGUUGCCAAAUGUUGCCGACUAUAGGCAACAACUGUUGGCCGACCCGACCGUUCAAAAAGUGAGCCUUCCGUAUGAGACAAUACUGGCCUUCACUCGAGAGUAUAAAAAUACUUUCUAUUAUAUGCAGAGCAAUGAUAUUUAUGCAUUUCAAAGACCAUAAAUAUGCCAUAUAAUAUGCACUUAUAAUGUGCAAAAUAUGUGCUUAAAUAUGCAUUUAUGUUCAAUAAAUUUGUCGUUAUUUAAUACAA